AUGCCUUGUUUGGCGCCAAGAAGCUUUUUUGGGGUGGAGGAUUAUCUUGACGAUGAUAAUAGCCGCCCAUACACUUACCAGAAGGAUAAGAAGUCUAAGGAUCCAAACAAGCACAUAUCUUUCAAACAACGAACUAUAGCGUACUUGGAGCCAUUCACGCUUGAUGUUUUCAUAUCAAAGCGUUUUGUUUCAGCCUCCCUUACUCACAGGGUAACUUCAAAGCAAGUUGCGGUCGCUGGUACUAAUUCCAAAGACAUCAAAGCUGUUCUCAAGUCACGAGCGGACAUUCCUGCCUGUUUGGCCAUAGGGAGGAUGUUGGCAGAGAGAGCUCGGGAAGCUGAUGUGUACACAGCAUCUUAUACUCCGAGAGAGAGGGAUAAGUUUGAAGGAAAGAUAAGAGCGGUUGUUCAGUCCCUCAUUGACAAUGGUAUCGAUGUAAAGGUCUAUAUUGAUUGA